AUGGAAGAAGAGCUUGGUUUUGCCCAAUCAUUUGGACCUCGCGUGAACACGCUCUGCCGAUCGUUCGAUUUCACCCUGCAAUUUGAAGAUGCCAUUUUCGCCUGCGUACCCGCCGCAGUUUUCAUAUGCAUGUUGCCAUGGAAUAUUUUCCGGCUUCUGAAGAGUUCCCCGACAUGUUCGGUGCAGUCUAAGCUGCAAAUCAGCAAAUUAAUUGCACUCGGGGGACUUCUCAUUACACAGGUCGUCUUUUUGGCUCUGCGAGCUCACAGCAACUCAUUCCGAAGUGGCGCCUCAUUGCCAGCUGAUAUUUUAAGCCUGGCAGCUACCGUUGGCGCGAUCGUACUUUCAUAUCUGGACCAUCAGCGAUCUCUGCGCCCUUCUACGCUUUUGAGUCUAUACUUUUCGAUUUCGAUAAUUCUGUCCAUCGCCCGCGUUCGAACGCUAUGGCUCAUGGAAUCGAGCGCGGCCGAACCAGCCGUUUUUACCACCAUGAUGGUUUUCACCAUCGUUGCUUUCAUCCUUGAAUCCGUCGAAAGAAAGUCUAGCCUGAAAGCAUCCCAGCAUUCCGACAUGCGCAAAGAAUACGCGCCGGAACAAUACAGCGGGUUAUGGGUACGCACGAGUUUCGCCUGGCUGUUAGUCACCUUGCGUCUAGGGUACUCCAAAUUCAUCUCAGUCAACGACCUACCUCUAUUGGAUACGCAGCUGCGAAGUUCUGUGCUGCGACAAAAACUUACAUCCACCUGGGCAACUUACAAUCAGCAACAACGGCAUAGUUUGCUUCGAGCAUGUUUUCGUGCAUUUUUCUUCUCAUUCUCGUCUGCAAUUAUCCCACGCCUCUGUCAAACCGCCUUCACUUUUGCUCAACCUUUCAUGAUUGAAACCACGGUGAACUUUGUAGGAGAAUCUUCACCUAACAGUACAUAUGGAAAAGGUCUGAUUGGUGCCUGGGUGCUUGUCUACUUGGGCCUUGCUGCAUCGACCGCUCUCUACCAAUACCAGCUGUUUCGAUUUAUCACACGUCUUCGCGGAGGUCUGACUGCCCUCGUAUACGAAAGAGCCUUGGAAAUACGAACCGCCGAUUCCAAAGACAUCACUGCAGUGGCCUUAAUGGGAACGGACAUUCCACGUAUCGUCCAAUCAUUUCGUGCAAUUCACGAGAUAUGGGCGACAAUCCUUGAUAUUUCUAUCGCUGUGUGGUUGCUGGAGCGACAGCUUUCUAUCGCCUGUGUGGCACCUGUUGUUGUCUCAAUUAUUUUUAUCGCCAUUACCUCCAAGCUUUCAACCUCAACCAAGCGUGAGCAACGUCGGUGGAUUGAGAAAGUCCAAGAGCGAAUUCAAAUCACCACUGCCAUGCUUGGCGAUAUGAAAGCUGUAAAGAUGCUUGGGUUGUCCGACAUCAUGUUCACCGUCAUCCAGAAACUCCGAAUUGAUGAGAUCAACACCUCAAAAGGCUUCAGGAAGCUCCUUAUCGUGCGAAUAGUUCUUUCAAAUUGCAUUCUCAAUAUAGCCCCAGUGGUUACCUUCGGAGUAUAUGCUAUUAUUGCCGUCUACUGGAAAGACGAAUCUCUUUUGACAGCACAAGCUUUCACCUCACUGGCUCUAAUCAGUCUCCUAACUCGACCUGUCCUAAUGUUUAUACAAUCUUUGCCAGAGGUUCUCCAGUCCAUCGGUAGCUUUGAUCGAAUUCAAGAAUACGCCAACUACUAUCCAAAGAAGCCGACACCUGAAAACAACACAGAUUCUGCUCCCCGUACCUCUGGGUCUGUAAUCAGUCUUCAGCCAUUAGCCGUCGAGGCCUUCAACUCACCUACCCGUGUUUCCGGCGAUGAUCUCAUUUCCAUGCAAAACCAGAGCUUUGCUUGGAAACCAGCGGCGUCCUCAGUCUUAACAGACAUCGACAUGCGUGUCGAAUCCGAGAGCUUAACAGUUAUUGUUGGGCCUGUUGGAAGCGGUAAGACGUCUCUUCUGGAAAGCAUCAUUGGAGAGACUAUUUCACUCUCUGGAGUCACAUGUAAGGGAUCCAGAUCCAUCGCGUACUGUUCCCAGGAGCCGUGGUUAGAAAACACGACGAUCCGGAAGAACAUCCUCGGCGUGUCUCCGUAUGAUCCAAAGUGGUACGAGACUGUCAAACUUGCAUGCGCAUUGGAUCCAGAUUUCGCGCAGAUCAAGCUCGGGGAUCGGGCAGCUGUCGGCAGCAAAGGGUGCAGUCUCAGCGGUGGUCAAAAACAACGAAUCGCUCUUGCGAGAGCUGUGUACUCAAGGUGCUCAGUUGUUCUCCUGGAUGAUACCUUCAGUGGAAUGGACGCCCGCACAAUUGAACACAUCUCACAUUCUUUGCUGGGACGCAAUGGCAUCUUCCGGAGAUACCGAGUUACCGUGAUACUAGCUACUCACAACCACAAACUCAUGGGACUGGCCGACAAGAUUGUUGCCCUCGAGGGUGGAAGGGUUGUGGAAACUGGAAGCCCUGCGACUCUUCUGGAAAGCAAUGGCUACGUCAGUCAUCUUGGGCUGAAAUCGAUUGAUGCGGCCGUCGACGAGAAGACCUUCUAUGCAACUCACGACGUUUCUACCGACGAAGAAUCGCGAUUAUCCGAAGACCUGAUUGAAGAACCAGAUGCGGCUGUUGACGAUGCAAGGCGCAAAACCGGUGACGCUUCUGUCUACAAAUACUAUUUCGAAAGCUCCGGAUGGACCACAAUGAGCCUGUUCGGGUUGUCACUGGUCUUGUGGAUCUUUUUUUCCGAAUUUCCGACAAUCUGGUUGAAAUGGUGGUCCGAGGCCAAUGUUGCUCAUCCAAAUAAGAAUGUUGGCAUGUACAUGGGAGUCUUCGUUGUUUUCGGCGCUCUCGGGGCUUUCCUGGUGUUUGUUGUUUGUUGGCUCGUAUUCCUCAGAAUCAUCUCAAACACUGGUUACAAAUUGCACAAUGAUUUGCUUGAAGCAACGUUGAAGGCGCCGUUCAGAUUUUUCAGCGUCACAGAUACCGGAUCCCUAAUAAACCGAUUCAGUCAAGAUAUGGAGUUGAUCGAUAUGGAGCUCCCUAUGUAUGUGGUGAACUACGCAGGAGCGGCUAUGCUAUGUCUUGCCAAACUCAUAAUUCUGGUCAUCUUUUCCAAAUACUUGGCAGCGACCGUCCCUAUUGUCGGUACCGUUCUAUACUUCUUGCAGCGCUUUUACCUCCAAACCUCGCGUCAGGUCCGACUUUUAGGGAUCGAAGCCAAGGCUCCCCUCUAUACUAGCUUCCAGGAGUCAGUUGUUGGGGCACCAACAAUCCGUGCUUUCGGCUGGAAAAGGCAAUAUCGGUCUCGCAAUGAUCUACUUAUCGACACCAGUCAGCGUCCAGAAUAUCUCCAGUAUUGCAUUCAACAAUGGCUUACGUUUACGAUCGACAUCAUAAUCACUGUUGUGGUUGUACUUCUUCUCACCAUUGUCGUAAAGUUGAGAAAUCAGUUCGACGCUGGUAGUGUUGGUGUGAGUCUCACUGCAGUUGUAGCGUUUAACACUACUAUUAGCCGUGUUAUCCAAAUGUGGACAGCUAUGGAGUCUAGCAUUGGCGCUGUAAGCAGGGUGAAAAUAUUCGCGGCAGAGACAGAAUCAGAGGGUACUGGUGAAGGGAAUACAAGCCCCAAAAUUCCUUCGGAAUGGCCACAGGAAGGCUCUGUCGAGUUUCAAAAUUUGGUUGCUUCUCAUGGACCUGAGUCCGAUCCCGCCCUGAAGAGCGUCAGUCUAUCAAUCAAGCCGUCCGAGCAUGUCGCGAUAUGCGGCCGUUCCGGCAGUGGCAAGACUUCUCUUAUCCUUUGCCUGCUUCAAAUGAUGGAUGUUCAAAGCGGGAGUAUUAGCAUCGAUUCCGUCUCCAUUUCUUCUCUCAGCCCAUCAUACUUGCGCUCAAAGGUCAAUGUUGUUCCCCAAGAGCCAUUUCUUCUCCCCGGCAGUGUCCGGUUCAACAUGGAUCCUUUUGGAGAAGCAACAGACGACGAGAUCAUUCGCGCCCUAGAUCGAGUGGGAUUAUGGGAACUUAUCAAAGAGCAGGGCCUGGACAAAGAGAUGGACUCUGCGUCUUGGAGUGCAGGACAGAAGCAGCUACUUUGUCUUGCACGAGCGAUGGUCCGACGGAUGAAGGUAAUUAUAUUUGAUGAGGCUACGAGCAGUGUCGACAGCGACACUGAGCGCAUCAUACAGGACAUCAUCGACACGGAGUUCAGAGACUACACGGUGAUUUCCAUCAUGCACCGACUCCAUUAUGUCACCAAGUACGAUCGUGUCGCUCUGCUGGAUGCAGGGAAGCUGGUGGAAUACGAUGAGCCGUUGAAGCUGUUGGAAGAACAUACUAGAUUUAGGGGGCUGUAUGAGAGCCAUAAGUGAGAGCGGGAACACUCACGGGUGAUUUCGAAAUGUUUGGGGCAACAAUAAAAAAUAUGAUAUCUAGUGAUGGUAAUAAACCCUAAG